GAGGCAUGUGCUUAGAAAGAAUAUAUUCUCCGAUAGCACUUAUUUUUGUGAGUUAAUUAAUUGAAUUCAAUCUCAUUAUUAUUAAUUACGAAUCAUAAUGGCAGACACAUCUAAUAAAGAACAGUCUGUUACCAAAGUUCCAAUGAUAUAUGUUUGUGGAGAAUGCCAUAGAGAGAACGAAAUUAAACCAAGAGAUCCUAUCAGAUGUCGAGAAUGCGGAUAUCGAAUUAUGUACAAGAAGAGGACUAAAAGAUUGGUCGUAUUCGAUGCACGGUGAAGCUGAAGAUUUACGAGUCCUACGAUUUUACUUACCUACUCACUAUUAAUGAAUAAAUAGUAUUCUGGUA